GGCAAUGUCAAAAUCUGUUAUCUAUGGUCAAAAUUCAAAGUAUGUUCUUUUGUCAAAGUUAGGUUAGGUAACGCAAUUUUACAAUAUUUUUCCGGAAAUAUGGAUAGAAAUUCUCUAAAAUGUAAGAUAGGCCCAUCGAUUUUGAACUCAGACCUAUCACAGCUUUAUGCCGAAUCCCAGAGGCUCUUAGACAAUGGGGCGGACUACCUUCAUCUGGACGUUAUGGAUGGUCACUUUGUACCCAACUUAACCUUUGGCCACCCAGUAGUAAAAUGCCUAAGAAAAAAAAUACCACAUGCCUUUUUCGAGACUCAUAUGAUGGUACAGAACCCAGAGCAGUGGAUCGAACCUAUGGCAGAUGCAGGUGUAAGUCAGUACACAUUUCAUAUAGAACCUGUUUUAAAAGAUGUCCUUCCUUUAUGUCGGAAAGUUAGAGAGGCUGGAAUGAAAGUGGGUCUAGCUUUAAAACCAGGAACCGGUAUUGAAGCUGUGAGGCAGUUUAUUAAUCAUGCAGACAUGAUUUUAAUCAUGACAGUGGAGCCAGGUUUUGGGGGACAGAAAUUUAUGAAUGACAUGAUGCCUAAAGUGCAGUGGUUGAGACACAAUUAUCCAUUACUAGAUAUCGAAGUUGAUGGAGGUGUAGGCUUAAAUACAAUCACUGCAUGUGCUGAGGCUGGUGCAAACAUGAUAGUGGCUGGUACAGCAAUCAUAGGAGCCUGUGAUCAGAAGUCUGUGAUUGCUAGUUUGCGGGAGACUGUAGAACGCUCAAUACAUAAAUGCAAUGUCUAAGUCUGCAUGUAAAAUGUGAUAAAAGUAUCUAUAGGUAUACACAUCUAUAGGUUAAUAGAAUAAUAUUCUUUAUACACACAUUAUUACAUGUAAUUGUUCUGAAGAACUGAUAUUGUUAUGAAUAAAAUAAUUUGCAAUCACUGUUAAAUCAUAAAGAGAAUUAUUCUAUUGGCUUCAGACUAUCAGUAAUUUUAAAGAAACAUUGUUAAGGAUAUAGUGUAAUGGAUAAUGGCUAUACAUUCCUAAUAAUAAUGAUAAUAUUUAGGUAAAUUGUUACAACAUAGUUAUGUCAAUUGAUGACUCUAUUACAUAAUUCAAUUGAUUUCAAAUUGGGUUGCUGAAUUUUAUAUUGUACAGGGUAAAAUAUAUCCCAGAAUGUGGGUGUCAUAUUUUAGAUUUAAUAUGGAUAUUUUUUUUCUAAAGCCUAAAAUUUUAUACAACUGGGAAUUUUUUUACAGAUUUUAAAAUUCUGUUUUGUGAAUUAUAUUAUUUAUGGUGUCUAUAUUAUUUGCCGUAAUUGUUAUUACUUUUUAGUAUGGUUAUUUUUUAAAAUUCUAAAGUCUAAAAUUUCUUUUUUCUUUUAAAGCCAUGUUUCUUGAGAUUUUAUAAAUAUAUAGUGCGUUUGUUUGUUAUGCAGUAAUUGUUAUAUCCCAAAAUAAAGGGAAAUUAGUUUUGAAUUUAUUACGGAUGUUUUUUUGAAUUCUAAAGCCUAAUAUAAAUUUGGGGAAUCAAUGUAAUUCUUCAGAUUUAAAAAAUCUAUAUUUUGUUUAUUUAUACAAUAAAUGUUACAUUCCAACUGCCAUAAUAUGUACCAUAAGAUCGAAAAAAGGGCGUCGCGGUGGUUUUUGAAAUUACAUCCUAUGAUAAUUUCUGUUUAACUGACUUCUAUGUUAAAAAUUAACAUUUAAAAAUUUAUAGUUGUAAAGCUAUUCAUUAAUUUUUUUUUCAAACGUCACAAAAGUAUUAAUUUUUGCAAAGCGAUUGAUAAUAUAAAAAAGUCAUUUUAACGCCUAGUCAUAAAAGUAAAGCACUUUUACGCCUAAGCAUAUGCCUAUGCACAAAAGUAUGAAAAUAUAUUAUACUGAUAUGAAGUGUCAAAUUCAACGAGCGUAACCAUAGUUUCUAGAUAGAUAAUUACAUACAAGGUAUUACUAUUAAAUAUUUUUAUAUUAUUUGGAACGUUUCAAAUUGUUUAAAAAAUUAUUCGUGGCGUUUGAAAAAAAUAGCAUGUUCUAUUCAGAGUAAAAAAUUACUUUUUAUGGCUCACCUGUAUGUCAAAUGUACAGCCUCGCCACCAAAAGUGUCAUUUUUACUCCUAAUAAUCAAUAUACUAUUUUUGAAGAGAUUUGUUUUUGAAAUAUUUUUACUCUUCUCAGUUUUCUAGUUUACCUUUCAUGGUGCUGUUUUUUCGAUUUUAAGGUAUUUAAUGUGAAAAUGUAAAGAAUACUUUGCUAAUUUUUGUAGUGAACUCUUUGACAUUCUAUUUUUAUAUUGAGUUUUUUACUAUUGUUAAAUUGUUUAGAAUUUUAAUAUUUCAUCUAAAAUGAAUAAAACAGAAUGUAACGUUA